UCUCGAUCGGUUGACAUUUCAGGACAUAGCUAGAGAUGGCUUCCGUUUCUAGUCCUCGCUCGGCCAUCGCCUCGGUCGCCGUCGUGCUGGUGGUGGCCGCGCUGUGCCUCCACGGCGCCACGGCGCAGCUGUGCGAGGACUACUACGAUAGCACGUGCCCUGACGCGUUCGAUAUCGUGCAGCAGGUCCUCAUCGACGCGCACCAGUCCGACACCCGCAUCUUCGCCAGCCUCAUCCGCCUCCAUUUCCACGACUGCUUCGUCCAGGGUUGCGACGGGUCCCUGCUGCUCGACAGCGUCCCCGGGAUGCCAUCGGAGAAGACGUCACCACCCAACAACGGCUCUGCGCGGGGGUUCCCGGUGGUGGACGCCGUCAAGGCGGCGCUGGAGGAGGCCUGCCCGGGGGUCGUCUCCUGCGCCGACAUCCUCGCCCUUGCCGCAGAGAUCUCCGUCGAGCAGUCAGGAGGUCCCAGCUGGGCUGUGCUGCUGGGGAGGCUGGACAGCAAGACGUCCGAUUUUAACGGCUCCCUCGACCUCCCUGCGCCCACCGACAACCUCGCCGUACUCCAGGGCAAGUUCAAGAACCUCAAUCUUAACGACGUCGACCUUGUCGCCCUCUCAGGGGGGCACACGUUUGGCCGGGUACAAUGCCAAUUCGUCACGGACCGGCUCUACAACUUUAGCGGGACCAACAUGCCUGACCCGACCCUAGACUCGGCGUACCGAGCUUUCCUAUCGCAGAGGUGCCCGAGGAACGGUGACCCCACGUCCUUAAACGAUCUUGAUCCAACGACGCCGGACACCUUCGACAAGAACUACUACACGAACAUCGAGGUGAACCGAGGGUUCCUCAACUCCGAUCAGGAGCUCAAGUCGUCGCCGCAAGCGCAGGGCACCACCGCACCCAUCGUCGACCAGUUUGCGAGCAGCCAGGAUGCCUUCUUCGCGAAUUUCGCACAAUCCAUGAUCAACAUGGGGAACAUUAUGCCGUUGACAGACCCAUCCCGAGGAGAAAUCCGGACCAACUGCAGAAAGGUCAAUGGAAGUUGAUGAGGGAGAGGACAAAUUAAACAACGUGUUGUUAAAGUAAAAUUAAGGGGUUGUGACUCCUCAAGUGUGAAGUUUACGUAUAUUUCUUAUUGUCCAGUUUAAUAAUUUAUCAACCAAUGUAAUAUUCCAAGUUGUUGUUCCCAAAUGUGCAAUAA